CCACCCUAUAGAAACAUGGACAUGGUUUCAAAAUUUCAUCGACAGAGGCCUGGCCUGUCAGCAGCUUACUGUAACAAAUUGCUUUAAAUCAGCGCAACAGUGUUGUAGUCUUCAAUAUAAUAGCUUUGAGGGUUGUUUUUGGUUUUGUAAUCUGAGGAGGGCAUCGAGGGCGUGUUUGGCUCCAGCAAGUCUUCCUGUUCCCAGUCUGGAGGAAAUUGCUCUUUCAUAAAUAAACAUAGCAGUUUUUUGCUCUGAUCGUUUGAGCAUGUUUAUCGUUCUGCUCAUUUGCGGAGGACUCGUCGGGUUUUACCUGCUGAUGUGGGUGACGGUGUUGCAACAGCCAAAAUGUAAGAGCACAGCAAAGCUGUACGGGAGGACAGUGAUCGUGACUGGAGCAAACACGGGAAUCGGUAAAGCCACCGCGCUGGAUCUGGCAAAAAGAGGAGCUCGUGUGAUUCUCGCCUGCAGGGAUGAAAGGCGAGCUCAGGCUGCUGUCACAGACAUCCAGAGGGAAUCCGGAAACAAAGAGGUGUUGUAUAUGCACUUGGAUCUGGCCAGUCUGAAAUCUGUGAGGUCUUUUGCUGAAAACUUUCUCAAGAAAGAAUCCAGGUUGGACAUUCUUAUCAACAAUGCAGACUUCUUGUUUGGUGGCAAGACUGAGGAUGGCUUUGGAAGGAUCUUUGGCGUCAAUCACACUCG